AUGGCGCCAGCCCAGCUCAGUCUUACCCCAGCCGAGAAGCUGUUCCGUCAGUGCUUGGUGGAUUGCCGCAACGAGAUGCAAUCUGUGCCUGGGAUGAAAGAACUCGAACUGCGCUGGACGGGCGGCUGGGUUCGGGAUAAACUCCUCGGUGUUCAAAGCCACGACAUCGACGUUGCGCUAAGUACCAUGACAGGCUUGCAGUUCGGCCAGGCCAUGCAGGUCUUCAUGAAGCAGCACGGCAGCAAGUAUGAAAACGAAGCAAAGCAGCAAGGGUUCAACUCGGAAGUCAAAGACAUCCACAAAAUAGCCGCAAACCCCGAGAAGUCCAAACAUCUCGAGACUAUCACGACGAGAAUGUUUGGCAUCGACGUCGACUUUGUCAACCUUCGCAAGGAAGUUUACAACGAACAGACACGGAAUCCUGAGAUGGAGUUUGGCACAGCUGAAGAAGAUGCAAUGCGGCGAGACGCCACGGUCAAUGCUCUCUUCUACAACCUCGACUCCCUUGCGGUGGAGGAUUUCACGAGGCGUGGCCUGGAAGACAUGAAGAACAAAAUUAUACGGACGCCUCUCGAGCCAUACCAAACAUUUAAAGAUGAUCCUCUUCGGGUUCUGCGGCUUAUUCGGUUUGCGUGUCGUCUCAACUACGAGAUCGAAUCGACCUCCAAGGAGGCCAUGAAGGACAAGUCCAUCCACGAAGCACUACGGAUCAAGAUCAGCAGAGAACGCGUUGGGACUGAGAUCCAUAAAAUCAUGGCUGGCCCAGAUCCGUACACAGGUCUGAAAUACGUUAACGACUUCGACCUGUAUUCUGUCGUGUUCGCCGACCCCAACGACGAAUAUGCUGUCGACCACAAAGGUGCCCUUAGAGCUUACGACGCGCUGCGACGCAUUCUCGACGAGAAGUCUGCAAUAUGCCUGGGCCUGAAACCCAAGGAGAACCAAAGCCUGAGUUGGUUCCUCGCAGCAUAUGUUCCUUGGUCAGAGUCGUCGGCCAAAGCAUACACAGCUGCAUGGGAAGGCAUUAAAGCCACCAAUAGUUUCCGCAAGGUACUCAAGGAGGCUAUAGACUAUCGCCCAGCUAUCGUAAAGGUCGUCGACCUUGUCUCGUCUGAAGACUCUACAAGAGCAGAUGUGGGCAUGACACUGCGGCAGAGCAAAGAAGCUUGGAGGUCGCAUGUCCUCUACUCACUGCUCUGUGAUGCUGCUGCUGGAGACUUUGAUGAUGCUACAAAACGCUACGAGAAGUUUGUGUCCUUUGUUAAUGACCAACAAUUGGAGGAUGCCCAUACCAUGGCGCCCAUACUGAAGGGAAAUGAAAUCAAGGACGUAUUGGGCGGACCAAAGGGUGGGCCUUGGCUCAAGAAAGCGGUAGAUGUCCUUGCUCAAUGGCAAUUCAACCACCCAAAAGCUACAAAACAAGAGGCCAUGAAGAUGAUGGCCAGCCAAAAGGCCGAACUAGGGCUGGACUGA